GGCACGCUCCCUCCAUAUUCCAUAUCUUUGCUAGAGUUUUGAUUACCCGUGAAGAUGUGUAUUAGAUAUAUCUCCCCUAUUUUCCCGUCCAACAUUAACCGGCGGAAUAGUCGACAGCGCCUCCCUUACAUUUAGUUAUCCAGGGCAUGUCACGUGGUACGUUUUUCAUUACGGUUCAACGUUCCACGGAACUGAAAGGAGAUAAUGACGAGUGCUAGUGCGAUCCAGGGGGCCAACUUCUGCCACCUUUUGAUGGUGGCAAUAAAUACUGAGCGGUGUCCCAACUUUUAUCUUUUUUUCAUCCUCAGCAAUUAACUACAUAUGCUGCAAUUGUCAUAAUGCAACCAGGACUGAAUAAAGGAUCCAAUUUACAGUCUCCCUCUGAGGAUGAUCAACGCUACCUCCGCCUCUAUGGAAGGCUGCCGGAAAGAGGGAGGUUACUUGGACAACAUUUUAAGGAACGGACAUACUUUGACUCGGGUGAUUUGGCUCUCUCCACAGCCGAUAGAGUGACUGAUAACGGCGCAAUUCAGACCGGUACAGCCCAUCCUAUGCGCGACAGCAUUUCGCGUCCGUAUGCCCCGGUUCCCAAUACUAGUAAUGUCAACGAAGAUGCCAACAGGGAUUUUAUCGGCAAGAAAAGCCCGUCUCCGGAAAUGAUAGGUAGUCCUCUACACCACAAAGUGGAUGACAGUGGGAAUAAGGUGUAGAAAUCAAAAGAAACAUUUUAGGACAGGCCGGCUUUUUGCGAUCACGUGUGUUUUUGUUUAAUGCAGGAGAACCUUGUGAUACCCAUAUCAAUUUGGUAGAAACUAUGAGACCACGAGGGUGUGAAAUCUGAUGUUUUGAUAUCCUAAAACGUAUUAUCCAGCUCCUACUUGAUGGCACUAAGCCUCAAGACCUCGUACGUCAUUACCCGUGACUGAUCGUACUUGAAUUACCCCAGGCUUCAAUUAGACCUCGCCCUAGCCCGCGGGCGACCCUCCGAGGGCGGCUGGUAGACCCGCAAAAUGAGGGCGGAGGGCCGCGAGCUCCUCCUCGCGGGCCGGGCGGGGGUAAAAAUCCGCCCUCAGAGGGCCGCC